CGUUGGGUAGGGCGUCGCCGCAUACAAUUUAUCAUUCUGUUCAGUGUUGAUUAUUUAGUUUUUGAGAAUUUAUUUAAAAAAAUAUAAAACUAUUAAAUAAAUCGUAAAAUCUCAUAAAUUUAAAAAAUAAAUUGUUUUAAAUAAAUAAUACUAAAAUCAUACUGUGAUUAAAUUUGUGACAAAAAUUAAUCAUACACUUGUUUAUGUGACUAAUAUUUUAAAAAUAUUGUUUAUAAUUUCUAAUUAAUAUGGCCCAGAGCUCGCAAUUUAUUAUUUUAUUAGUACUACUAGUACUUUUUAUUCACCAAAGCUCAGCAAUAAAAUGUUGGGAAUGCAGAUCAGAUUCAGAUCCAAAAUGUGCUGAUCCUUUCGACAAUACGACUGUUCCAAUAGCUGAUUGUUCUGAAAAAAUGCCAUUAGAUUAUUUACCGAAUUUAAAAGCAACAUUAUGUCGUAAAAUUCGACAAAAAGUUCAUGGAGUGUGGACAUAUAUAAGAAGUUGCGCGUACUUAGGAGAACCUGGUAUUGCCGGUGAUGAAAGAUUUUGUCUGAUGAGAACAGGAUCAUACAAUAUAUUUAUGGAAUACUGUACAUGCAACAGUAAAGAUGGAUGUAACGCAAGUACUUCAGUACAGAGUUCUUGGUUGCUUUCAUUAGCUGCCGGUUUAUUAACAUUAGGAUACUAUUUGACAGCUAAGUGAUGAUAUUUUAUUUAUCAUGAUCACCAGUUCAGUAAUAAGUUUUUGCGAUCAAAUCAAUUUUUAUUCCAAAUGAAUUUUAUUUAAGACAAGAACAAGCCGAAUAGAAAAUAACGUGUGCCUUAAAUGUGAUUCAUCACGUCCAGUUUUUUUGUUUUAUACUGUAUUUUGUAUAAAAAAUAUUUUUUUUUUUGUUACCAUCAUCAAAAUAAUUCAAACGCAUAUACUUACUGUCUUCAAGUUUAAGCUAUGAGUACUUUUUAUAUCUAACACUCAUGUAGUACAAAUAUGAAAAUUUUUAAAGGAGAUAUUUCUAUUGGAAUAUCAUGAUAUUAAUUAAUAUUUUUAUAUGACUGUAAAAUCCGUCCAAUUGCAGAAAUUACUUAGUGAUAAUUUUAUUAAUUUUAAUAAUCAUGAUCUAUAAUUAUUUUUUAAUUUUUUACAAGUUCGAUUUAAAUGUUAAUGUAAAUUAGGAAAAUAAAUUAAGAGUAUCAAUGUUUUUUUACGAAAAUUUUAUACAAUAAAAGUGUUGAUUACAAUAAUAAACACUUGGAGUUUUUAUUUUUAUUAAUAAAAAAAACAAUAAAAAUUAUCUAGGUGCGUAAUUUAUUAAAAUAAAAAAAUUUAUUUAUUAAACAAUGAUUCAGAGUAUUAAAAAAAUGAUAUUAGGCUUUUAAUAAAACGACAUUACUUAUUAAUAUUAAAACUAAUAUUAUAAAAUACAAUUGUAAAAAAAAUAUAUUUUAGUUUCUUAAAUAAAAAAAAAAAAAAUUGAAUGCAAAAUCUACUUUAAUAUUUAUAAUAUUUUGUUAAUGGCACUCCAAUGAUUGUCGAGACGCAUCGUGUACUUAUGUAUUGUACUUUCUUUUAUAUAUAGAAUACGUUUAUGUCAAUUAAAUGACACACCCGUAUCAUAGUAAUAACUCGAAUGAUUCAUUGGAUCACUAUUACGCCAGAGACUUUGUAAUAAAUUCUUCAACUUAUUACGAUCAAAUACUAGACGUCAACUUUAACAUCUUCAUCAAAACAUACAAAAUCUCUUUAAUAAUAUAUUUUAUUUUACUGCAGUAUAUUUUUAUGCUGCGUGAAAAAUUUAAAUAAUCUCCGCUAUCACAUCUCGUGAGAGCAACAAUAGUGGCUA